GAGACGCGGACUGAGCAGAGACCAGGCAGACACACAAUACAGCCCCCGGAUCAAGAAGAGAGGAAACACCUAACCACCUCCACGAUUUCCCUUCCCUGUUUUUUUUCUUUUCUUUUUUUCUACGACACCUUUUGGCUUAUUCACGCACUUUCCAAUAUUUUUCUCGCCUGACAGGAAACUCGAUAACAUGAUCCUUUUGUUUUUAGCGCUCUGAGCACACACACAAACACACGGUCGCCCUGCUCUCCUCAGGCUGCGAGUCUGUGCGUCUUCUCGCAUCUUUGAAUUUUAUCCCCCCACGUAUCGCUUCGCCGUAAUGUGCCGUUUCAUGGUCACAGGCUGGUAACAUCUUGGGAGCUCUUCUCAACAGGAACCUGCACUGGGGAAGAUAAACCAGGAUGGUAACACAUUGUUCGUAAGCAGCUUCACUUUGACAAAGGCCGCUGUAACCUCACCCUCUUCUAUUUAACACUGACGAGCAUUCCUCAGCCAUGUCUAACAUAAACAAUGCGCUUUGCAUUGAAAAUGGACAGAACGCAGAUGUGUCUCUUCUACAAAAGGAUAACCUUCAGGAUGGUGGAUUAAGCCAGCUUUUGGAUUAUAAUGCAGAAAUGGAAAGGUACAGGUCUUUUGCAAACUUUUAUAAAACCAACGGGGCAUUUCCGCAGACUGCUAAAAUUGCCCGUAUCACAACUCCCAUUUUUCCCAGUGCCCGAAUUGGUAUGUCCCCUUGGAACUGUGAUAACGCCAUGCUCUGGGGAAGGAAAUCAGCAGCAAUAAACCCUAAUAGGACCAGCAUGCAUAGAAAUGACUCCCAGAGGCCGGGGAAACCUGGCGUGCCGCCAGAGACGCUGCAAAUGGCAAAUAAUAAUUUCCUCUCUACCUUAUCCCCCGAACACUGCAGACCUUUAGCAGGAGAAUGCAUGAACAAGCUGAAAUGCGGCGCUGCUGAAGCAGAGAUAAUGAAUCUCCCAGAACGCGUUGGAACUUUUUCCGCUAUUCCGGCUUUAGGGGGCAUCUCAUUACCUCCCGGGGUCAUCGUCAUGACAGCCCUUCACUCCCCCGCAGCCUCAGCAGCCGUUACAGACAGUGCGUUUCAAAUUGCCAAUCUGGCAGACUGCCCACAGAAUAAUUCCUCAGCAUCCAGUGGAAACCCAGCAAAGAAGAAAAGGAAAAGGUGUGGGGUGUGUGCACCCUGCAGGCGGCUAAUCAACUGUGGUGUGUGCAGCAGUUGUCGGAACCGCAAAACAGGCCACCAGAUCUGCAAAUUUAGGAAAUGUGAGGAGCUGAAGAAGAAGCCAGGCUCAUCGCUGGAGAGGACACCGGUCAACAAUGGCGAGGCUUUUCGAUGGUUCUUCUAGAAAGCUCUACCAUGUCCAUCCACCCAGCAGUCAGAGAGCAGGUGGGACUCUCUGUCUGGAGCACUUGAACAGCUCACAGGAACUAACGCGCCCAACAAUUUUGGAGAGGACACAAGAAGAACAUACAAAAAUAUAAAGAAAAACAUAAUAGUGCUGUUUUAACUCUGUAAUUUUCUUUUCUGUGUAAUUAUUGUACCUUUUGACAGUAUCAUUAUGUAUAUUUUUGGUGUCUAUGAAUGUGUUUUUAGUGUUGUGGCUGUAUGUUUACAGCCAUUCCUGUGUAAAGGACUCCAACAGACAAUCAUACAAUCACACUGAACCUGUAAAACAAGAGGCCACACGGAUCAAUGAUUUAACAAACACAGAGUCACUCUGGAGCAAUAAUCUAUUCUGUUGAUUAUUUUUCAAACUUUUUUUAUUUUAGUUGACUUCAAUCAUUUCUUUCUAAGUUAUAUUCUGUUCUUAUCUCCUAACUCUGCUAAAAGCUACAUGCUCAUAUUACAACUGUUGCUGACAGGGUGAUGUGUCUCAUUGAAGGAUGGCGGCACUGGGUCUGUGAUGUGUUUCCUCAUUUAAGCAGACUCACAGUAGAACAGGGCACAUUGUCUUGUAUGGUGAGCUGCACUCCUCUAAUUGGGCUAAGUAGCAGAUGUUUACAUGCUGCCUGGAGUUCAGACUCACAGAUGAUCCAACUAAAUCUUUUUAACAGAACUACACUGGUCAUUAAACUUUUAAUCUUUUUUUUUCUUUUUGCAUCACUAAAGGUUGUCAAAAAGACAAGAAGAAAUGCCACUCAAAAAUGCUGCAUUAAAAACACGGAAAUCUAUCGCUGAACACGAGACAUAUUUGACAAGUCAGAUGUUGUUCUGAGGUUAACGGAUACUCUGGACUUCUCUUUAGUGGAGUAAACAGCAGUCUUUUCUCCUGUCAACAACAAUACAUUCCAAAAACAAAAUUAUUCAAUAAGUUACUCAUUGUCUUAAACCCUAUUGUUGCAUGUGUAAAUGUGUUUUGGUUUUGAAGAUUACUAAGAAUUUGUAAAUUGUUGUUGUGAUGCUUUUAUGUGUUAAAAUAA